AUGACCAAUCGAGCACUCGAACUUCUUGACCUUCGAUCUCCGUCACUGAUUCUAGAUAUCGGCUGUGGCUCCGGACUUUCGGGUGAAAUUCUUUCUGCAGUGCUCCCUGAGCAUGGGGGGCCUCAUACCUGGAUAGGCAUGGAUAUCUCACCUAGCAUGCUUGAUAUCGCCCGUCAACGGGAUGUAGAAGGUGAUUUAUUUCUAGCUGAUAUCGGGCAAGGAGUACCAUUUCGUCCAGGCACGUUUGAUGCAGCUAUCAGUAUCAGUGCCAUCCAGUGGCUCUGCAACGCCGAAACGAGUGAUGUUAGUCCUGAAGGGCGCCUACGGCGGUUUUUUGAAGGUCUUUAUGCUAGCCUACGGCGUGGAGGUCGUGCUGUUUGUCAAUUCUAUCCUAAAAAUGAUGCACAGCGGAAUAUGAUCAGUGGUGCUGCCAUCAAGGCUGGUUUCGGAGCUGGUAUCCUAGAAGAUGACCCUGGAACAAAGAACAGCAAACUGUACCUUGUUUUGACUGUUGGAGGCGGUGGUCUGCAAGGUGAUAUUACAGGCGUCGUGAAUGGAAUGGAUGAUGUUAAUAUCCUGGAUGCCAGAAGAAAGGCAAUGGAGCAUGGGAAAAUGCAACUGCCCCGGAAAGGCGAUAAGGCUUGGAUUAUGCGAAAAAAGGAACAGAUGGAGAGAAAGGGCAAGGUUGUGAAACAGAAUUCUAGGUACACGGGCAGAAAGCGUCGUCCAGCGUUCUAA